AUGAAUGCCAGGGAUGGUGUUGACACCAAACCCUCUGUCACCAUCUAUCGUUCCACUCUAUGCGACGUGCCUGGCUCAGUCCUGGACCAUAACACCCGGGUUAUGUUCGAACAGGACAUGCCUGACGACUGGAUAGAUGGACUUCCCCCUGGUACUGAAGAAGAUGAAGCCCUAACUAAGGAAGGCGAGCGCGGGAAAGAGACGAUGGUGGUUUUCAAGAGAGGCUUUGGUGUUGACUACGAGGAGAAGGAGGGAUCGCCGCUCCUGGAGAAUGACAUCCGUAGGAACGCUCCAGGGAUGACGUGGCAAGAGAUUCAUCGCAUCGAUUUGGAUUCCGAAUUCCCCCUUGGCGACUAUUAG